CCUAAAUGAAUCAGGCGUACAACCGUGUAUAAAUGGUUGAGUGAUGUCUUCUGCUCCAUUCAUCAUCCUCUGCGCUCCAUUGAAGGAGGGGCCUUCCCUGACAAUGGAGCGCAGAGGGGGGAUCCUUUUGAAGCACUGAUAAAAAUGUCCUGGACUUGUACGCCUCUUGUUCUCUAUUGCUCUUUCUUUCGUUUUUUUCUUUAUUUCCCAGUUUUGCUUUUUAAGGGAAUGGAGGAUCCAGUUUUAGUGAUCAAUAAUGGACGUCUUUGAUGAAGAGUUAUCUGCCGCAGCUGUCCGUUACUUUCAAUAUUCUCUUGUCUUCAAAAGGCAAUUCAUCUUUCUCCACCUAUUUCUAUAUCUUAGUUCUGUAUCCAAAAGGCAAUUCAUCCUUCUCCAGAUUUUCGGAUCUCUUAGUUCAGUGAUGGUAGCUAGCUCAUCUAUUUGUUCCUGAAAGACCAGCCAAACAGCACAAGCCUAAUGGCUAUAACUUGUCAAGCAUCCACAAUGUGCCAAAUUUUGAUCAAGCUUCUUCUUGUCCACUGAUUCUCACUUUUGGGAAUCCAAAUAUGCUAGGAAUAAAUCCUCAACAAGUGAGUCUAGGAACAUUGAACCCUGAGGAUGAUGCAGUGUCUGAGGUUUUGACAUCCCAAGGUUCAUUUGUAAAACUUGAUGAGGCCACUAAUACUACUGUCCAAACAAAAGCAAAGAAACCUGGCGGUCGUACAAGGUUACGAACCCAAAACUAUGAUCACGUGGUAGCAGAAAGAAAGCGAAACGAGCUGUUCAGCCAGAGUUUCAUGGCUCUUUCCACCAUGGUUCCUGGUCUCAAGAAGAUGCAUAAAACUUUCAUUCUUGAGGAGAGAGCAAAGAAGCUGGAGGAACAAACCAUGGAACCAGCGGUGCUUGUGAAGAAACCACAACUCUUAGUUGAAAAUGAAGGUUAUUUAGAUGAUAUGGCUGGCCCUGAUGAGCAGCCACGGAUUGAAAUUUAGGCUAAAUUUUAAGACAAGAAUGUUUUUCUGAUUGUUCAUUGUGAAGAUCAUAGAAAGGGUACUGACAAAAAUUGCUUCUGAGGUAGAGAAGCUCAAUCUUGCUGUUAGUGUGACACCAUUUGGAAGUUGGGCUCUUGACAUUACAAUUACUGCUGAUCCAUGGAACAAUUUUUCAGUAAAAUUGCAACAGAUUUUCGAGCAAUGAUCCUUUGAAUUAAUCUUUUUCAGAUGGAAAAAGAAUUCAACCUGAUAAUCAUGGAAGCAGUUGGGAAGUCUUGUGUCUGUUCAUCAAUAUCACCAGAGAGGCAAGCAGGCUGCUUAGUGCUGAGUUUUGAGGGAAAUUGUUUCAAAAUGCCUUGAUCUGUACUAAUAAUAAAACUGCUGAUGAUUUGGCGUCCUAUGUGAAAAAAAAUUGAGAUAAAGAUCUGGAGCAAGACUGUCGAUCUAGUGGAGGAUGCAGACAGACCAAUAUCAUGGCCUAGAUUUUUUUUUUCCCUUUUUUUUGUUGUUUUUGGAGGAAGCUGUGAUGCUCUUAGUCGAUGAAAAAUAAUUCACCUCGUGGGUCACGAAACUAUGAUAUAGUACGUAUAUGCAGAUGUUGCCUAUAAUUUCUUUGAAAUUUAGCUAUUGGAUUCUU